CGAUACCGUGCAUAUCGAUAUAUUGGUACAUCAUGUGAAUAGAGAAAAUUGUACGUCAUGUGAUUGUGGAUUCUUUUUUUUCGCACGAAGCAGUCACCUGUCGGCCGAGAAAAUACAAUUACGCCUUCAAUUUGCUAGACAAGAAAAACCUGCAAAAUGGCGGCCCAAAUACGCACAGUGGUGACAUCGACUUUCCUGGGGCUCUUCGCGACCGCGGCCACCAUCCUCAUCCUGUACUUUGUUAUGACUGGCAAGGGCGAACGGGUGAGCGUUGGCUGGUUCCUCGCCUCGUCGAAUCCCUACAUGUGGGCCUGCCUCGGCAUUGGACUGGCCGUCUCGCUGUCCGUGGUGGGCGCCGCCCUUGGCAUCCAUACGACGGGCACCAGCAUUGUUGGCGGCGGUGUCAAGGCGCCACGCAUCAAGACCAAGAAUUUGAUUUCCGUCAUCUUCUGCGAAGCGGUGGCCAUCUACGGCCUCAUCACCGCAAUUGUGCUCUCCGGCCAGCUGGAGCAGUUCCAAAUGGAAACGGCCCUCAACAAUCAGGCCAUCAUGAACACCAACUGGUUCUCCGGCUACUUGAUCUUCGGUGCUGGUCUCGCCGUCGGCCUGGUCAACUUGUUCUGCGGCAUUGCCGUGGGUAUUGUUGGCUCCGGUGCUGCUCUCUCGGAUGCCGCCAAUGCGGCGCUCUUUGUCAAGAUUCUGAUUGUGGAGAUUUUCGGCUCGGCCAUUGGUCUUUUCGGCCUUAUUGUUGGCAUCUACAUGACAUCCAAGUCGAAGAUGGGUGACAAGGAGUAGGCCAGUCUGCCAGUCGUCAGAAACAAUAAUCAGCCAUCAAGUCAUUCCCCUAACCCCAAACAUCAGUGAGGAUUUGGAAAUUACAACAAUAAGCUUGCAGUUUACACAGUUUGCUAAAUCUGCCGAGACACGCUUUAAACUGGGACUUUAGUUACUUAUUAAGUUGAUAGUUUUUUGUCUGUAGUUUUGUUUAUUUUUACCGCCACGCCCACUCGCGCAAUUUAUCAGCAUCCAAUUUUCAAUUGAUUGCUGAGUGUGCAUGGUGUAAAAAUGACAACGAUUUCGUUUUGUUUAUAUAAUUAUUUAAACGAAAGACAUUUCUAUGUGUAUGUGUGAGCGCGUACGUGUGUGUGUGUGUGUGUGUAUUUAUGAUUAUAAGCCGAGUUUGUUAUGUUUUCGUUUCCUUCCUGGCAAUUGUGUUUCUAAUUGAGAAUGUAUUAUAUUAACUACUACAAAAAAA